AUGGAGAGCCACCGAGCUGCUGCUGCUCCUCCCAGUACCCCUUCUGCUGGUGCUACCGCCACCAGCGCCAAUGUUACUCAUGCCGUCGAUGCUGCUGCGUCCACUGCCGAAUCAUGCGAUCAGGAACGUCGAAAGAAGAAACCCUAUAAAGAGCUGACGCUUCAAGAGAAGGUGCAACUGAUUCGACUGGCUGAAGAAAACUCGGGCAUGAGUCAAGCGGCGAUUGCUGAACGGUACACCAUUGCUAAAAGUAACGUCUGCCGUAUACUCCAACGUAAAAAGGAGUAUUUGAUGGCAUACGAAUCUGCCGGCUAUGCUGGCUCCCGAAAGCGAAAGCUGAAAAGCGCCAAUACGGAUAUGAUGCAAGACUCCAGGCAGAUGGGUCUGCUGGUUCCUGCACCCACAGAUAAUCCUGGCAAUGAAACGUUGCGAGCGCAUAUGUACAAGCAGCACCAAAUAUCUCGUAUGUUCAUGUGUCGAUGUUGUAAUUGGGCAUUUCCGGAUAAGACGAGCCUACACAUGCAUAUACAGGCUAGGGAAGAAGGUAAAUCGAUAACGGUUCCGGUUAUUGGUAAAGGCUUAGCACCCGAUGGUGUGGAUUCACAGUAUCCGAAUUUGCAUCCGAUCAACAACAACACGUUGCCACAGAUGCAAAAUCCUGGAGGUGUGUUGUUGACUCCGACUCCAGGCCUGCCAUUUUUCUCGGCCCCACCACCACCGCUGACAUCUUCAACAGAAGAUAUGAGUCGUCUUCGUGAUCGAUUGGUUUUGAAUUCCCUCAUGACCCAACCAGGCUUUGGCCUAGCUGCUGCCUGGCUAAAUAACCUACCAAAACCUAUUCCCACUACAAAGCCCUUGGUAGAUUUGAUGAAAAAGGAUACACGAGAAGAGGACGAGUGUGAAGUAAACGUUGAGAACGACUCGGCCCAAGCUGAUGACGAUAAGAAUGUCGAUUCUCGUUUUGCCAUUUCACCUUCACAUGUGUCACCGUCAGAAACACAUUCCUCUGCUAGUCCAAAUGGAUGUUACGAUUGCGCCGUGUACAAGACCAAAUUGACGAUGGCAGACAAUAAAUGUCGAUAUCUAGAAAGCAGAGGGAAUACCUUACAGACGGAAGCUGUGCGAGCACAAGCGCAAAUCUCGUCGGCUGAAGCAGCGCUACGUGCCCUGGAGGCGGAAACACGUGCGUUACGGGAGCAGACUGAAAUGCUACACAGGCGACUACUCGACUGCCAGUUUCGUCGAUCAUGUUCCGAAACUCUGCCUGGAGGCGAAGUAUCAGUUGGAGCGAUCGCUUGGUUGCUAGUGGUAUCGCUAAAAACCAUCAAUUGCGAGCAUGUCUCAGAUAAACUAUGUGUCAGUGAAGAAACAAUAAUGUCUGGCCUCAACCGUCGAGUGAAAUUGAAUGUUGGUGGACAGAUCUUCGAGACCACUGAGGGGACCUUGUGUCGAAUACCAAACACCAAACUCUCCAGGUUGGUUGAAAGAAUCGAUCGCUCUAACGAUAAUAACAACGAGGUGUUCAUCGAUCAUGAUCCAAAGUAUUUCCCAAUGGUGCUGAAUUUUCUUCGUGAUGGACGGAUUCCAUUGCCGGAUACCGUUGCUGAAAUCGAUCAAUUACUUUGGGAAGCACAGUAUUUUGAACUACCUACGUUGACCGAUUUCAUCGAGAGCGAAGAACAACGUGGACCGCCAUUUUUUCGAGGUGAUAAGGUUGUCUGGAGAGACCAGAAUUUUCAAAGAGCGCUCGCAAAAGUCGGCUGGCGUUUCGAUGGCAGCACGAGCGACUCGCUGAAACCCCUUUGUUUCAUGCCUAGAUCAGACGAAAUACGCACCUGCGUUACCUGCGGUGUGACUACGGAUUCAUUCGACAGGAAUUACCGCACGAUUUUCGAACUUCCACGGAAUGCUACAUUUGCUGUCGGUGAAGUGAGAAAGUUUCUACGAGAUUCCGAUGAAAAAGUCCAAUUGAACAUUGGAGGGGAGUUUUUCGAGGUGCGGGUCGCUGACCUGAAACGCUAUCCUAAAACAAUGUUUGCUCGGAUGGUGGACCAGAUAUGGAGCAAAGAUUUAGGUACGAGAGUCAUAUUUAUUGAUCGUUCUCCUAAAUAUUUCAAAUUGAUUAUGGACUUUAUUGUCAACGGUACUGUACAGUUACCACGAUCCCGUAUUGAAUUGACUGAAAUCGAACAAGAAGCUGAAUUUUAUCAAUUAGAUGAACUGAUAGCCGUGAUCCUUCGCGAAGAUCGUCGCUGCUUCGGUGAAGGACCGCCAUUUUUUCCAAAAGACAGGGUAAUGACNUUGAUUAUGGACUUUAUUGUCAACGGCACUGUACAGUUACCACGAUCCCGUAUUGAAUUGGAUGAAAUCGAACAGGAAGCUGAAUUUUAUCAGUUAGAUGAUCUGAUAGCUAUGAUCCUUCGCGAAGAUCGUCGCUGCUUCGGCGAAGGACCGCCAUUUUUUCCAAAAGACAGAGUCGUCUGGAGAACGCGUAAUUUCUGGCGACAAAUGCUUGCGAGAGGAUGGCGUUUCGAUGGCAACAAAGAACAACUGCCAUUGUGUUUCACACAUUUUACUCUUUUUUCACCGAAUGAGAUCUGCUAUUUGUGUGGUGUUGAGACGAAGGAUCUGAAUGGUCUGUACAAGUGUUUAUUCGAUUUUCCACGAGAUUUCAGCUUCACCAUAGGAGAAAUUGAUAAGAUCUAUGGUGAUUGUUGCUGUUGUGAUGUGCGAUUCGGCAAAUCUUCAUUUAUUUUUCACAUUCCGACCCCACUACUUCGCUUAGCCGAUUGA